UCACAGCUCCUCACUCACACCAACGGAACCAGUGACUGUGAUGUCGAUGUUCGCUCAAGUCAUGCGACCCGGCCAAAUAGUGCCAUUGUCUCAGACAGUCACCCACCCGCCGGCAAGAUGAUGAGAAACAUAGUACAACAGCCCCAGGCCUCUCCAGGAGAAUCUCUGAUCAACUCACCACCCUUGCAACUCAUAUCAGCCCAUAUCCUGAUGCUCAGUUGGUAGUUGGUACCUUUACGUCCACCUUGUACCCCCCCGGAUGCAGUCACAGUGCAGACAUAAUCAAGCCUUGUGCUCCUUCUGACUUCUGACCUCCAUUAUCGACAUCUCAUUCUAUCUCACUAAGAGCUACCUCGGAGCUCAAUAACCGCUUGUUUCCUUCUGUCUGCUACUCUACUCGGCCGCUUGAUCAGCUUGAGCCUCAACGUCUUCAUUUGUCUGUACCAAUUUUGUUCGCCCACCUCGUCCUCAGCCUCCCAUAGCUACGAACAUCCACACUUGCUCUCAGUAACGAUCGAAUACUUGAGGGGAAAUUUUAGGGCAUGCAGGCAGCAGAUUUAAAGCUCCGAGUUUAGACCCACCCCUCAUCGCGAACAGGCCCAUUCAAAAAAAGUCAAACGAUCUAAAUAAAUGUUAUAAAUGCAUUACCGGGCAUAAGACCAUAUUUCUACCGUCACAUAGUACAGUCACAGAUCCUCGUGACCGAUCCGAGCCGGUCUCUGGUCUGAUUCUCCUCGCUGGCUUGCAAAACCCUCAAACUUGACAUUGCAGCUAUAACAACCUCAGAGCCCAAAGUUUUUCUAUCCAAGGAUCAUCACUCUGUCCAUUUAUCUCCGGGCGCUCCCUUCUUGGGACUUGAGAAAUUUGUAGUUUGACUGUUGAGAACCAUAGCCUCGACAAUCCAUCUUCCCCCACGAUUAAUCUCGUAUUGGCUCCUCUUCGAACUCAUGCACAGUCUUUCUCGGCGCUGUUCAACAGAAGGCAACAAUCGAUCCCUGCGUUAAUUCCAAGUGUCACUGUCGUUACAUUCUUUAAAGUCUAUCCGUUCUCAUACAUUUCCCAGCUGGAUUAUCCCCAAAAUUAACUAACCUAGAACAGGCCUUCUUGUGCCUUAAAAGCUCUCAGGCAUCUCCGACAUACCUGGUUCGAGACCCAAUUGAUAAUCCAGUGACUCGGGCCUCUACCGGUCCUUUUUCUUCCCAUCAGUCUAUUACCCGAGUCCUCCUUCAGAUUUCUAGCCACCCUCCGUACUACCUCGGUUGAAGACUAUCCAUCACAAAAGCUAUCCUGCGAGAACACAAAGCGCAUUCACACUGCGAAAGCUACACACCUCUAAUCAUCUUCUUUGACAACAUUUACACUAGUCGCAACGUCUCCUUCACCACAUCCAACUAGCGCUUCACGUCUUCACAGUUCUCGUUUUUCCACUGAUCAUUAUCACAAUUGGCUUGAUUCAAUGGCAUCCUGUACGGACUUGCAAUCUGGGAGCUUGCUGGAGCAGCCAAACUCAGAAGAACCCAAGCUCGACUCCAAAGUGCUCCGCCUCAUGAUUACCGCUGAUAUCCCCCACCGCGAAGAAGGCAUACAUGAGAGCAGCUUCAUCGAAUGCAUGGAUUACUCCAUCACCUCCUUUGAGUUGGAUCCUCGCGUCCAGAAAGCUAACAGUAAACUUACUGAACCGCUGGGUACCUUGCCAUCUGCCACAAAAAUUCCCGCCACCGCGUCCCGACAGAUUUCACGUGGGUUCGGGAGCUUUGUCCGGAAACUCAGUUUGAGAGCUCCCCCAAGACGCGACCUGUCUUUGAGCGCACCCUCUGAAUUACUUCAACUACAGCCGGGGUCGCAGAACCCUGCCUUUGGAAAUGCAGUCAAUCUUAGUCGAAAAAAGUCUGCUAAAGGCGCCAGGUUGAUCAGUCCGCUGGUAAUCGACUCUGGGAAAAACGAAUCUUGGCGCGUGGGCUUCGGAAAGAAGAAUUUCACUCCUUCCUGCUCGAUAAAUACCGCUGUCUCCCCAAUAUCCUCGUUAUGCUCCUCCACGUCUGGCUCUUCAACGCACUCUAAGAUCUUCAACACUCGUCAAGCUAAGCAAGAUGUGUCCGCUGAGGCUGGGUUAGCGCGGCCGAUGGUCCAACGCAGUAGCAGUACUACACAGAUUCACAUCCCUCCGUCGAUCUCGCUGCGAUCGAUGAGCAAAAACUCGGCCAUGAUUUCUGACCAGACUUUUGAAGUCUUGAGUCGUUCCAACUUCACCCGAAGCAAAACUAGCUCCCUGAGACACGAAAGCCUAAAUGACAAGCAUUUGACUUCUACAUCUUUCUCGAUGUUUUCAAAUUCAACCCCGUUACCGACAAACACGGGAAAUACCACAAACGAGGCAUAACGACUGUUGAAAUUCACCAACACACACGGUACGCGAAGAUUUAAAAAUUCCACCAACCAAAUUCACUCUUGCCAUGAGCAGUCUCAUCAAUAUAUAUGCACUUCACUUCACCCCUCCUCACACUACCAUGUCUGAUUAAAGUCCAAUCUGAUUACUUGUUAACUAUGAGUAGCAUGUCUCUCAGUGUCCUAAAAUGCGCGUAUUUACCAAAACCUGCACCUUGAAUACUCAGGAGCCAAUUGCUUCAUCUUAUGGCGCAUUCUGACUUGUUUCAAUUUGGAAUGAUGUGGUUUGCUAAUCCAUCAAGCUCACUAAUGUACAUAGGUUACUUUUGCCAUUUUUGUUAUUUGUAUGUUGAUUAUAAUUCCUAUCUAGCACCUUCAUAACAGUUGGAGCUUUAAUCAUCCUAUUUGCAUUUUUUCUUUUCAAUUUGAAACUGAUUUACUAUAUUGAAAAUGAAUUCUUACUGGCACAAACCAGUGAAGCCAAG